GAAAAAGACGGCUCUUUUAUAAAAUCUAAAGCCCUACUCGUCCGCUUCCCUCUUCAUCAGUGCAUAGGACGACAACGCCAGAGCUCGGUGGAAAGGGGGGCAGCUUGUCUAGGGUUUUUCCGCCUUCUUCGUCCGCUCUCGCUUCGGCCUUCCUGGAGUGAUGGCUCGCGUCUAUGUGGGUAACCUGGAUUCUCGAGUUUCUGAACGAGAUCUUGAAGAUGAGUUUCGCGUUUUUGGAGUUAUAAGGAGUGUGUGGGUUGCUCGAAGGCCACCUGGAUAUGCUUUUAUCGACUUUGAUGACCGUAGGGAUGCCCAGGAUGCAAUCCGUGAAUUAGAUGGUAAGAAUGGAUGGAGGGUUGAGCUUUCCCACAACUCUAAAGGAGGCGGAGGCGGACGUGGAGGUGGUCGUGGUCGCUCUGGUGGUUCUGAUUUGAAAUGUUAUGAAUGUGGUGAGCCUGGUCACUUUGCCCGUGAAUGCCGUUCACGUGGUGGUGGACGACGUCGUAGCCGUAGUCCUAGGUACCGCAGAAGUCCCAGCUAUGGUCGAAGCAGGAGUUACAGUCCUCGUGGUCGAUCCCCAAGGCGUCGCAGCCCAUCUCCCCGCCGUCGCAGCUACAGCAGAUCACCUGCAAGGCGCGAGGAAGUGCCAUAUGCUAAUGGCGAUGGACUGAAGGACCGCCGUAGAAGCAGGAGUUAAACAGCCAAACCUGGUAACAUUGGUGAUGUUGAGGCAAAGUAUGUAGUAUAUGGAGACUUCUGUGCGAACUAUUGUGUUGUCGUGGGACGCCACAGCUUCUCUUUUGGAUUUGGUUAAGUUUUCGUCGUACUUCGUUACUGAGUAUGUUAUCGUGUCUCUUAUCCAAUACUUUAGUUGUUGAUGCUCGUUCAGUAUUUGAUAUUGGUAGUUAAUACAGCUUUCGAGGACAUCGCUAAAAUUCCGUGCCUUUCCUUUUGUGCUGAGGUGCCUUGUGGAUUUGCUUCAUUCGUUUUGUGCUUCUUCUGCACUCUCCUGGGGCUUCUCAUUCCUCUUUGGUAUCUUCGAUAGAGUUAAACAAUUGUGGACCCCACUCCGCUCCAUCUCUAGAUGCAUGCCUGUCUUUUCUACUACUUGUCAGGCUGUGAGAUGCCCGCCCUUCUCAGUGUUUGUGGCAAUUCUUAGAAUUAACCAUAGAAGGGAAGGAGAGCUGCUCCAAACACUCCUGGCAGGUAAUGGCAUGUUUCCAUGGAAGUAGCUGUUUACUCUAAACACUGUUCAGCCUCAUUCUCACCUUGGACAGGGAAAACUGGUUUUAUCGACUGGUAAGUUUCCACAACAGAGCGAUGAAUCUCCUUUAGCUCUUCAAGUCGAGUUGGGGUUUGCUUCAAGACAUUAUUGUUGCAUUUUCCUCCUGAAAGCUUUUGAGAUUUUUCCCAGUUUUGUGUGGAUGCAUUUUAAAACAAUUUUUUCGUCAAUUUUUGUUGUCAAGGCUAAAUUAUAGUGCUUUCACUGGAAGGGUCUUUUGAAUUGCUUUUCAAGACUGGUUAGGAACACUAUAUUGGUUUUUUGGGUAAAGGAAAAUCACUCACAUAUUUUGGUUCUGGUAUAAAUCUGAGAUUGGUAUUUUCAUUGGAGAAAUUGCUAAAAGAUCCAAGGCAUUGGGUGAGUUUCUGUAUUCUUCACUGUGUCGGGUGGAUUUCGAUGUUGUUUAAGCCUCUGCCCAGUUUUUAUGUCUUGCGGGUUAUAUGGCUGGAAUUUGAGGUCGACACGUUCUAGCUAGCUUUCUAGUGGGACGACCUCCGUGAGAGCCCAAGCAAGAAUCUCAGCAAAAGCUAAUCCAAAUUUUGUAGCCAGAGAUGCGUGGCCUGAUGAUGAGCAAGAGAUCUUGGGAGUACCUUUAGUUUUCUUAUUUGCCUUCUGCUGAUGGAGUUUUGUUUCAUUUUGGUGUUUGCUUUUGUUUGGCUACUGUCUGGAUGCUGGAUCAUAUAAACUUCAAAAUUCAGUACUAGUAGUUAUUUCGGUGGUC